UUUCUUUUCUGUUUUAUUAUAUUUUUCAUUUUACAAAUGCGUGAAGUUUUAAAUUUUUUGUGAAACUUUUUCGGCGAAUUCAUGAACUUCUAUAAAUCUGUGAACAAUUUUUCCAAUUUUUUGGAAUAAUUCCUCAAAAUCAUGUUUUUUUUUACAUAGGAUUUAAGCGGUUUCUCACUACUGACGAAAAUAUUACUACAAGGUGGAUGGACCAAAAAUUCGAAGAAACGGACCUUUCUUUACAAGUAGGUGCUGAUACGUACUCAUUUUUCUAUAACCACAUUGUUCAUCAUUUGUUUAUUUGAUUCUCGCCAAUUUAGUGUUAUGGGUAUGAUAUAUUACAGACUUUAAUUUGUCAAUUUGUUUAUUAAAAAUUUCUUCUGCAACACACAGGGUGUUUUCUAACUUUAUUUUCCACAAUAUAGCUUCCACUCGUGAACUGUUACUGCUCCCUCAAAGUAAAAACUAAUUGUCAACUCGUGGUCGUGGGCAUGCAGUUUUUGAUGAGAAAUAACUUUCCGCUGGGAAACGUAGGAGACUCUUCGUGCGGAGCUUCUAGCACGCUUCACAUUCCACGUUGAUCAGGAAUAAAUUGUACCCAGACCAACAGGCCACACAGUGGAUAUUUAAGGACUACCUAAGCGUCCUCUUAAGCGAUAUAUCUUCCUCACCAAUUUGUGGUAGAGGCUGCACAACUCCAAGCUAGGUGCCAUGUUGAGCAAUGGCGGACAAACUGUUUCUGUUAAGCUGUUCAUCGACAAGGAGAAGAAGAGGGUUCUCUUUGCAGAAUCUGACAAGGAUUUCGUUGACAUCCUCUUCAGUUUCCUUACUCUGCCUCUCGGCGCCAUCGUUCGUCUCUUCAAGAAGCAAGCGCAGAUGGGAUGCCUUGAUGAGCUUUACAAGAGCGUGGAUGCUCUGGGGGCAGAGCACUUCCAGACCACGGUUUGCAAAACAAUGCUUCUUAGUCCUGUUAAUGCUGCCGCGUUUCAUUGCGAUCGACUUAAAGUCAAAGUCGACGAUGCCAAUAGAAGAGUAUUUUACGUAAGCACAAGCAAAAACUGUAUGAACUUCAGCCCAGUCGCUGGUGGUUGUUGCAGUUGUGGUGGACUGAAGUACAUUGUCACGGAUGAUCUCCAAGUGAGUCCAGCCUCUACAAGUCUUGUGUUUUCCCUGUUCGAUAGGUUUGGGCUCCAAGAGCAAGCCAAGAUUGAGGAGAAAAUUCUUCAUCUCAAUGCCAACAAGGUUUUUCUCCGGCUAUGUUUUUUUUUUUCUAUUGCAUUCCUAUCUUCCAUUCAGAUCACGAGCCUGCUUAAGAGAGCACUGAUGUCCAAGCAAGCUUUGACUUGGCUAUGUUUUGAAGUUUCUGCGGCCUCGCCAGGUGCUGUAAAUAUAGAUAAGCAGCUCGGUAAGAAACAAGCUAAUGAGACACCGUCUAUGUUCACUGCAAUCAAGAUUAAACUGGUGCAUACAAAGGAUGAAUCCUCCGUGCUGUAUGCCGAAGUUGGAGAAGACUUUGUUGAUAUGAUCUUUGGCCUCCUUUGCUUUCCACUGGGUUCUGUCACCAAGACUUUUGGUCAAAUGCCUCCUAAUGGGUGUAUUAGUACUCUGUAUGCGAGUGUCGAUGGGAGCGCAAGGGGUUGCGUGAAACAUGAGUGCCGACACAUGCUCGUUAGCCCUCAGUUGGCACCCUUCUUCGGUUGCAGCAAAAACAUACUGCAAGCAGAUGAGCUACCACCAAGAAGCCUGACUUUCGGCUGCUUGAGGUGCCUUCGUAUCACAGCCACUACUGAAAAACCAUGCAACUGCAUAUUGCAGCCGCACCUUGCACGUAAGCCAACAUACGGAACUAUCAACGAGAUUAACCCAAAGUCAGCAUACCAGAGAGCAUAUAUCAAAGGAGGCCCAAGAAACUUCCUUGUGACCAACGAUCUGCGUGUCAUUCAUUUCUCCUUGACAAACACUCUACAAAUCUUGCGUGAAGCCAGGAUUCCCAAGGAGAAGCUUGUGGAGAAAGAAAUAGCACUCAACAAAACCCAGGUACCCCUGGGCUGUUUACUAAGCUGGAGGGCUAGCUCGCUGUUUAUAUCGUUUUUUGUUUCUAAGUUUUCACUGACUGAUGUUCGUUUGCACUCUCACCAGGUCCUGAAAUUAGUGAGAGCUGCACUGGUCACUCGCGAUGCUCUUGGGAGCGUGCUCUUACCUUCCAAGGAGUAGAGGCAUCGCCGUGGAUCACUACUCUUCUGGGUUCUAUCAUGUGAAGCAGCUGGAAGAUAAAGCGAAGAAGAUAUUAUUUCUGUUGGUCUUAUUUAUUUCGUCCAUGCAGGCAUGUCUUGCCCAUAAUAAGUACUCAUGUCUGGAUGUGCCGAUGGAUUGGAUCCAAUGUGCUCGGCUUUUACGCAUGCCAAUUUUGUUAAUGGCCAUUUCAUUUGCUUCUAAUUGGCCGGCCUACAAAUAUUACUAAAUGCGUUUGAUUCAUCUUGUUAUAGCGGCCGUAUAGUCGGACACAGACCUUUGGUUCCUGGUUGUAUCUACACCCUAUAUUGAAAAAAAAUAG